UCUGCAGCUAUUCAUGCUGUCUUUCCAGAUGUACGACAUCUAUUAUGCGUAUGGCAUAUUGGCAAUGACGUGGAGAACAUGGUCGAUAAAUUGUGUGGCGGCAAGAAAAAUCAACAGGGCCAGUUAUUCAGGCAAACAAAAUGGAACCCCUUGGUUAACAGUAUGACGAUCGCCGAUUUUGAAAACAGAUGGGAAGGGAUUGUGUCCACUUGGUCGACUAGGAACCGGAGAGUCGUGCAAUAUUUGGCAGGAACAUGGAUUCCUCACAAAGAGAAAUAUGUGCGUGCGUGGACGAAUGAUUGUUUGCACUUGGGUAACCAGACUACCAGUCGAGUUGAAAGUCAACACUCUUCCUUCAAGUACUACUUGGGUAGCGGUAAUAGCUCAUUCGAUACGCUGUUUAAAAGGGCGCACGCACAAAUUAUGAAUCAACAAUCAAAAAUAAGACAAGCUCUUGAGGAAUCUAAGAAUUCCAUUUCAAGAACGUCGCGACUAAAUUUUCUACGACCGUUGUAUCGUCAUGUUUCUAUAUUUGCCUUGGAACUAUUGAUGAUGGAGCACAACCGGAUGCUAACCCUGGGCAGUUGUCUUUUAGAAAAAUGCGGUUGUGUCUAA